AAACAUUUCAUAGAGUUCACCUGAAGAAGUCGGAAGCGUCGUUUUAUAAACUCAAAAUAUCCUAUUGAAAUCAUUCUUCCACUUGAUCGUCAGCAUUGAAUGAAAGAGAAGGAUGGCACAUUCAGUUCAAAACAAUAGCGAAGGUUUUGUUAGCUGGGAAAAGUUGAGAGGAGCAUGGAUCUACAGCGCAUUCCAAGUGUCACAACAAAAGGGAACAUUAGUAAAAGGAUUUCUCAAUCAAUUUGUCAAAAACAAUCCAGGCUACAGAUUCACAAUUGCUCAACUAUACGACGAGUUGUUUCAUAUUUGCAUUACACCUGAGCAAAGCUUGGAAAUUCAGCGCACAAUUAAAAGACGCUACGGAUUAGAUUUGGAGGAAGGUUGCAUAUACGAGUUGUUUCCCGGUGCAAAAGCAGAGAAAAAAAGAUUCAGAGAUUUCAACGACUUCCGCCACUUCCAGCAAAACGACUUGGUUAGGAAGAACAGACCAACAAUUGAGAGAAAACACAACGAGGCUAAAGUUCACUUUACUCGAGUUCAAACAGCCUUUAAUGGACGUGCUGGGAAGUCUUUUUUGUCGUUUGACAUCGAAGUGUAUGAGCACGACCAUUCACAGUUAUUAGAAAUUGGUUACGUCAUAGUUCAUUUCACAGAUGCCAAAACAAAUCAAUAUAAGAUGAGCUGUGAGCAUCUCAUCAUUGAAGAAAACCUUCACUUUAAAAAUAAAGAUUACGUGCCUGACAACAGAAAUGGAUUCAGGUUCGGUACGUCAAAAACAUUACCAGAGUCGGAAGCAGCUAGAAGAUUUGCCAAAGAUGUUGGGGAAGCCACAUACAUUCUCGGUCAUUCUGUGCAACAUGAUACUGAAUAUCUGAAAAACAUUGGAGUCGAUCAUAUUGCUCUUGGUAAGGAAAUGUUCGACACUCAAGUAAUAAAUAUCUACAAAGAAAGUUUGAAAGAUCGUGAUAAUUUUCGUACUCGUGGCUUAAAUCAACUCAUGAAAGAGAACAAAAUCGAGUAUAGAGAGGAAGAUCUUCACAACGCUGGAUGUGAUGCAUUCUAUACAAUGAUGUUGUUUUUACGACAAAUGAACUUCACUGAAGAACAAGUGAAUGCUAUUAUAAUGUCAUUUUAAAUGAAACGCACAUCCUGAAUGGCAAAGAUUAAGUUGUGUGCUGAUUGGUUGUCAUGAUUAAUUAAUGAUUUUAAUAAUUUUAUGGACGAAGAAGGACGAAUAGUCCCAUAUAGAUUUUUUUUAGAUUAAGUAUAUAAUACUCUUUUUCAAUCGCUUCAAGACUAUAUUAUAUCUUACAUUUUAAAAGGCUGCAAUUUGCAUGAAACAAUUCAAUGAGAUUCGAUAAUGGAAUAAUAUAUCGCUUGCAUGAUAUAUGUGUAGAGUACUAGUUGAACUUUGUAAUUUGAAACUAAUUUAACUAACUAUAUAGUCCGAUUAUUAAUAAAUAUACAAGCAGUA